UUUUAUUUCUUUAAUGAUUCUUUUGGGCGCCAUCGCCAUACAUACGCCAAUGAGAAAUUCACCGUCCUUCCCGUUCCCAACUUGUUCGUCUCCCAACUCCAUUGGAAUUCCUCCUCCCAUUCCCACCCCGAAAACCUCCUUGUUUCUCUCCUCCGCCACCCUCUCCCUCCCCCUUCCGCCGCGAAUCGUAUCUCCGAUCUCCAGUCACCGCCGAUCUUCGCUUCCCCUCUGCUGCGCUUCUCUAUCAGACCAUUCAUCUGGUUCGUCUCUCAAUCUCAUAACCCAUUGUUCUGUUUCUUGCUAAGCUUGGAACUGAAGGAAGACCUGGUGACGGAACAGGUGAGGCACGCCCAAGGAGUCCACAAUGUGGAAGGAGAUAAAGAUUACAAUAUGUACAUGUCUGAAGAACUCUUCGACGCCAGGCUUACCCCUCUUGGUUGGCAACAGGUUGAAAAUUUGCGCAAACAUGUUCGAGGAAUUGGGCUCGAUAAGAAAAUUGAACUGGUGGUUGUUUCACCCUUGUUAAGGACAAUGCAAACAGCAGUUGGGGUGUUUGGGGGUGAAGGAUUCACCGACGGUGUGCCAUUGAUGGUGGAAAAUGCUGGCCAAAGUGACCAUUCUGCCAUUUCUAGUUUAGACUGCCCUCCUUUUCUUGCAGUAGAGCUAUGUCGGGAACAUUUGUUAGUUUGUUGCGCCAAUAUCCACAACAUACUCUGGAAAUGUUUUAGUGGUUUACUAAUUUUCAACAUUAUGAUUGGGCUGUUUGUGAAAUCUGUAUUCCUCCCAAUAUCUCUUUGCAGGGAGUUCAUCCAUGUGACAGGAGAAGAAGCAUUAGCGAUUAUCAACCUCUGUUUCCUGCAAUUGAUUUCUCACUGGCAAAUCCAAAACAAUAAUGAUGAGUUGUGGAAGGCUGACAUCCGUGAGAAGGAUGACGAACUUGCAGCCAGAGGCCUUCAGUUCUUUAAUUGGUUAUGGACUCGAAAAGAGAAGGAGAUAGCUGUUGUUAGCCAUAGUGGCUUCUUGUACCAUGCACUAAGCCAUUUCGGAAACGAUUGUGACAUUUCUAUAAAAGAAGAAAUAUGCACACACUUUGCUAACUGUGAGCUACGGUCAAUGGUAAUCGUUGAUAGAUGUAUGAUAGGCUCAGUGUUGUCGACCACUAACUACCCGGGCAAAAUUCCUGGUGGGCUUGAUAAGCCGAGUGAUGAUGCGAACGAAGAGAACCAUCCUUAAGAAUGAAGUCAUGCCUGUCACUAGAAUAACUAAGGGAAUCAGUCCUUCCGUGUCGAUGUUCUUCUACUGGAGGCUGUGUUUCUCUGCAAAUCUAAAUACUUCAGUAUUUGGUAGCUCAGAAUUUUUUGUGAGCUUGGCAUUUAUGUCUUUUUUUUUUUUUUUUUUUUGGGGUUCAAACAUCUAAGAAUUCCUCCCGGUUCUGGAUUAUAUCAGCCUCCGUUGUCCACAAACUUUGGAGGUCGAUUCAUGUGUAUGCAAACCAUUCAUUUCACUAUUUAUUAUGAGAAUUAGUUUAACUUUUUUUUUUCUUUCCAAAAUAACAUUUUACUUACUCAACUUUUU